CUUCUACCUUUCUCUUCCUUUCUCCUCCAGCUGCUUCCUUUCUUCUCCCACCCCUUUUCUCCUUCUCUUUCCACCAACAACAAAGGAUCAAAUAAAAAAAAAAUACAAAACAAAAGAUCCGAGGAAAGAAGUAUUCAGAGAAAUCAAUCACGGCAUCAAAUCAAGCCAUCAAAUCAAACAUCAAAUAAAAGGAGAAGCUUGACAGAAGAGAUUGAGCUCGAAUCCAUCAAAUCAGAAACUAACAAGAGGGCAGAGAGAAAGGAGAAGCAUCGGAAGCUCACAAAAACAGAAAAACAGCCAUCAUGUCAUCCUCUUCAGCUGCCGCUUUUUCUUUGGAGCAUCUCUCUCCGCCUCCAUCAGAACAGCUCUGCUAUGUUCACUGCAACUUUUGUGAUACUGUCCUUGCGGUCAGCGUCCCUUAUACCAGCUUGUUCAAGACAGUGACUGUGAGGUGUGGUCACUGCACCAACCUUCUCUCUGUUAAUAUGCGAGGUCUUCUUCUCCCCGCUGCUAAUCAGCUCCAUCUUGGCCAUCCAUUCCUGGCUCCUGUUCAGCAUAAUCUCUUGGAGGAAGUGCUGAGUUGCCCUCCACCAAAUUUGAUGAUGGAUCAGCCCAACCUGAGCAAUAACAACUCAAUGCCACCGGCUGCAAAAGGAACAGAAGAAGAGCUUCCUCAGACUCAAAUAGUCAAUAGACCACCAGAGAAGCGGCAAAGAGUUCCAUCCGCAUACAAUCGUUUCAUCAAGGACGAAAUCCAACGCAUCAAAGCUGGCAACCCCGACAUUACCCACAGAGAAGCAUUCAGCGCUGCUGCUAAGAACUGGGCCCAUUUCCCCCACAU